AGCGUUCGGUGUGGAUUCAGGGAGCGGCGGGGGAGAAUCAUUUACCGCGAGCAGCGCGAGCGUUGCGGGACGCUGAGAUGACGAGCCCCGAGAAUAACCCAACAAACGCGGUGAAAACACGUUUUUAGGAAUCGCUCGUAGGAUUGGGGACUAUACUUUUGGUGGAACUCAUGAAAAGAAGAGAAACACAUUUGGAACUUGAAGAAACGUGCGGCUUUGACGCACAUGAACUAAACCAAUCUCAUCUCUUUUGCUUUGUAGUGGAACUGAGGAGGUAAGGAAGCUCAUCCUGAAUUAGAGAACAAAGAAAAAUGUGAGAUUUUGAGAAGCGCGUUCCUUUCAUCUCUGUGGAGAGAAUUGCUUUCACGCAGUUUGAUUUAUAUCACUUCAAAAUGACCAAUGUUGGAUUAUUGCGUUUGCUUCAACUUCAGAGGAAACAAAAGAAUAUGUGUAACCUGACUCUUUGUGUUUUACUCGUCCUGACGUGUUCCUGCUCAUCUUUAUCUUUAUGUCCUGCCCAUUGCUCGUGCGAAAGCACAGUGGUGAACUGUGUUAGCCAAAACUUGAGCUCCAUCCCACAACCCCUUCCAGAAAACAUCACCACACUGAACCUCAGUGGAAACAACAUAAGGAUUCUGAACAAUGAAUCUUUCCCCAAGCCUUUGGAACAUUUAACACACUUUUAUGUGUCUGGAAACCAAAUGGAGCAAUUGGACUCUAUGGUGUUUAAAAACUUGCCAAGUCUGCGUUUACUUGACCUCAGCGACAGCAGGAUUUUAGAGUUUAACGUUGAGGCUUUACCUCAAGACAACAAGAUUGAGGUUUUAAACCUCAGCAAAUCCUUAUACAACCACUCCUACGUGAGUGUGUUUGCAAAUCUUUUCAAACGCAGCCUAUCUAAAGUUUCCCAUCUUGAUUUGUCCAAUAAUGACCUGGUGUUCCUUCCAGAGGGCAUAUUCACAGAUUUGUCGGACUUAACGGUUUUGGAUUUGAGGAACAACACCCUCGUCUCAUUCGGGAAUGAUACAUUUGUGAAUCCUGCGCUUAAAGAGUUGGACUUAAGAGACAACGCGUUAAAAUUCCUGUCAAACGUGACCCUGACGGAGCUCAGUUUGAUCCCUGAUUUGCGAGUCAGUCUCUCAGGAAACCCCUGGCGCUGUGAUUGCGACAUCGAGGACAUGUUGAUUUGGUUAGAGAGACAUGACUUUGUGGUGGACAAAUUAAACUUGUCCUGUUCUUACCCAAAAGAACUGAAAAAUACACCACUUUUACACCUAGCACAACCGCAUCUCCCAUGCUGGAGAAACAAUGGAAAUAUGGAUCGAGCUCUGGAGCCCUCAUAUGUGUUUUUGGGGAUGGUUCUUGCCCUCAUUGGGGUCAUUUUCCUCCUGGUCCUUUACCUUAACAGGAAAGGGAUCAAGAAGUGGAUUUAUAAUAUCCGAGACGCGUGCAGAGAUCACAUGGAGGGAUACCAUUACCGAUACGAGAUCAACUCCGACCCACGGCUAGCCAACCUCAGCCUCAACUCCGACGUGUGAUGAUACAUUCUUGGAAAACUGGCUUGCGCCACUGGCACGCAAUGAUCUGACUCUAGCUUUGCAUGAAUACAUAGAGGUUUGCUGUGACAUGCAUUCGUUUCUGUCAGAUAGGACAGUAACUGGAUUCUGCAAGGAUCAACCCUGUCCUGCUCGCCUUCAGCUCAAUCAUAUAUGCUGGUGUGUUGCUACAAUGUUGUCCAGUGAUGCAUGAAUCAAGAACAUUUACAAUUCAUAUUUCCCUUUUUUAUUCAAUGGAUGGGACUGUGGAUGGGUUUGUCUUUUUCUGAUGAAAUCUGAAAUUCUGAUUACAGAGUAACCGGCGAAAUGUCUGAACAAACUUGUAAUUGUUUAAUGUAAUUUUUAUAGCUUCAUUUCUUCUGCAAAAAAAUACUGCCAUGCAUGUAUUUAAGUAUUUUUUUUUCAUUGAUGUAAAAUUAUGGCAAUAUCCACUUUUUUAUGAUGAGUUAUUUGGUUUUAUAUUUACAUUUGUUGAAUGGACAUAGAUCAACUUUUUUCUCGGGAUGCCCUGUUGAAUUAAAGGUCUUGCACUGAU